CGAAUCGAAGCGCGUGCCUGUGGGCGCUGUGGAACAAAUCGGCCGUUCACUGCAUACCGUCUUUCCAUCGAACCAUAUAGACGCUCCACUAGCAGAACACCAAAGGCGGCUCACCAUACCAAAGAUACAUACUGCCGAUGGUCGUGAACUCUGUGCAGUAUAGGAACUAAGCGUUCGCCUGUUCUGUUUCUGAAAGGCAAGUGUACCACCCCAGCUUGAAGACAUGAUCCUGGUAUGGCAGACGUGGGCAUGUGUGUGGCGAGAGGUGUGGCUGCAGCGGGCUUGCCGCCACUACUUGGCCACCUUGUUGGAGAUUGGCCUGGUGGCCCUCAUGUUCAAGGACAUCGCGAGCGAACGGCCCACCCUGCUCCCUGGCACACGACACUCGGAGCACGAGAUGUCUCAGCACAAAGCCGAUGUGGUAACCGACCAAGAGUUCCUGAAUCGAAGAGCGCGGCUUGUCACCUACUGGCCCUCUUCUAACAGCACUGACACCCUAGUCGCCGCCGCCUUUCCCUAUGCUACCUACGGCAACCACUCCACAUGGAGGCUUGCGCCAGCCGCGACGAAGCAGGCAGUUCUGGACAUGUGUUCUGAGGAGACCUUCGGAGGCGCUCCUGAAGAGUGGACGGACAUACGGAGGCAAAGCAUUGUUGUCUGCCUCUUAUUCAGCGAGCCAAAGACUGUCAGUAGUCUCAACUACACGGUCGUGGUGGUUGCCAACUACAUACCUUCCGCUGGUUAUAUCUGGCAGCAGUCGGAAGGUCCCUGGAGAGGUCUUCUGUCUGUACCACGUUACCUUCAGUACGUGCAAGACAAACUGGACAGGGCUCAUAUUCGAUUGAUUCAAAAGGCUCAACGAAACUCUUCAAAGUACAACUAUGAGGGCUUCAGCGAGCGAUUUCCGGGACCGGUGCUACCGGAAGACAUUCCCAGUUACCGGAACAAAGUUAUUAGAACCAUCGCGCUUGCGUAUGCACUGCCAUUCUGCAUCCGGAUUAGCACCAUUUCCUGGGAGAAGUCCUCUGGUCUGAAGAUGAAAAUGAGCGUGAUGGGCUUGCACGACUUGGCCUACUGGUUGUCUCAUUGGUGCUCGAGUGUCCUCCUGGGCUGCAUCACAAGUGCCAUUGUAGUGGUGAUGAUGUUCACCCUCGUUGUCCCCGGCGACGAAGAGGAGCUGAGUCUUCAACAGACAGCCUACCUUGAGGGCGCAAAUCCUGCACUGGUGUCGUUCGCCUUCUUCGUCUUCUGCUGCUCCUACUCCACGCACGCCUUGUUUGUUGCCGCCCUAUGCAGAGACAUGACUUUGGCGCUGGUGAUGGGGGCCGCCUAUUGGUUCGUGGCGAUGACUUUUGUGCCGUGGCUGAAUGCGGUCAAGUUCCAGGCGUCCUUGGCUGAUUACAUCUACAUGUCAAGGAAGAGCAAGCUUCUGAGUUCUAUUUCACCAGUCAUGGGUCUUUUCUGGGUACUCAAGAUUGCCGGCAUCUCUGCCGAUAUCGAAGAUCGCAGAGAGUUCGGCCUCAUAUUUCACCGCGUCCUGGGGCUCGACAACGUUGCCAUCGUGGAGAUAUGGGCGGUUACCCUAAGCACUUGCCUGUGUCUGGUCGUGCUCAUGUGGUAUGCAACGAGAGUGAUACCAUCUGCAACUACGCUGCCACUCCCCUACAGUUUUCCUUUCCAGGUAAGCUACUGGGUGCCAAAGAUGGAACCAAUACAGAAAGAGAAGACGACGAAGGAAGAGGAGAAUAUAGAAAAAGAUCCUCAGAACGCACAACCCGUUAUUGUAGUAGACGGUGUUAAAAAGAGAACACCAGAAAUAAUGCACCUGGAUGGAAUCAACUACAAAUUGUUCAAUGGUGACAUCGGGGUUAUACUUGGAUCUAGAAGCGGCGGAAAAUCCGCACUUUUGGAUAUAAUUAUGGGCUUGGAUUUGCCGACCGAGGGCGAGGUCCGGUUGUGUGGAUACGACGUCACAAAAUAUCCCUUUAAUGCCCGCCUGAACGUAGGGUACUGCUCUUACAAGGAUAUUUUCUUCAACGACCUCACUGUUUUGGAACACCUAGAAUUUUAUGCAAUGCUGAAGGGGGUAAGCUCUUCAGAGUUGAAGAGCCGUGCACUUUUACUGCUGGAGCUGAUGGAACUCUUGGGCAGUCUGACGGCAUUUCCAGGUGCUCUAUCCAGUGGUAUGAAGCGACGCCUAAGCGUUGCCAUGGCGACUAUUUCCAGCCCCAAGGUCCUGGUUCUCGACGAGCCAACGCAAGGAAACGAGUCUGAGUACCGAUGGGAUAUGUGGGAGAUGCUGAUUAAGAUGCGCGAGGAAUGUAGCAUUCUAGUGGCGACAUCUGAAGUGGAAGAAGCUAUGAUGCUAGGAACUCGAAUCACCAUCCUUUCACAAGGGAGACUCGUUUGUAGCGGAUCCACGGACUUCGUCAAGGGAUUCUGUGGUACUGGCUACCAAAUUCGCAUCCUGAAAGAGAAGGGCCAGAUUAACGUGGACUACGUGCUGACACUUGUACGGUUGACUGUGCCAAACGCAACUGUUGCCAGACACACUUGGAACGAGCUGACCAUCGACUUGAAGACAACCGAUUCUACGGGCUUCCAGCACAUGUUCAGUGUACUGGAACACAGGAGAGCCCAGCUUAACAUUGACAGCAUACGGCUUGUGAAAUGGACAUUAGAGGACUACUAUAACAAAAUGAACAAAGGCACUGUGGAUACGUCUGAUCCUCUACAGAUAAUUAAAACAAAAGAUCCAGACUAUGAGGGAGCAACCAAGCUACCACCUCUCGAACAAAAUAUAACCCAGCAGAUCUCUGUUCUGCUUUUCAAACGACGAUUGCAUUACCAACGCUGUCCUACGCUCCCUCUCCUUGGAGUGGUCGUGCCUUUCCUCAUCUUCUGGGGCCAAAUACAACUAGAAAGCAUGACGCUGAGUGCAGUGGAAUAUUCCGGUCGCAUCUCGAAGCCACCUCUCUUCGUGAACCUCAGUCUGAGCCAGCUGUAUCCUGGAGCCAGUGUCUUUGUGGGCUACGACAAUCAGACAUUGCCUUUCAUGAAGGAUUUCUAUAUUCCUCUCUUGGAUGCUGAGUCAGCGCAUGCGGUUGUCAUAGGCGACAAGGAUCCUGACGAGUACUUGAUUGAGAUGGAAAACAAGGAAGGCCUGGUGCAGUACACCGUAUCAUCGCUUUGUGGCGCUCUAAUCAGGGCUGAACUCAAUGCGACUACAUCGAAUGCUGCGAUGAGGCUGAGAGCCACUUCCCAGAGGCUACAAAGCAGAAGUACGCAAGACAUCUACUGGAUUGUGGAAGCCUGGUGGAACCCUUACAUGACUCUGAGCCAGGCUUUGUCGACAAACCUGAUCAACUCCGCCCUGUUGCAAUAUUACUCCAACGAUGUCCGAGCUCGUAUAAGUACUGAAAUACUCGGAUUUCAUUCCAUUGACACCGACAUACGGCACCAUUUCGAGUUCAUGAUGGACCGUGCCGGUGUUGGUUACCCAAGGAUUUUACGCAUCAUGAUCCUUCCGCUGGGUGUUUCGCUUCUGGUCGCUUCUUUCGUCCUCUUUCCCAUGUGGGACGCCGUCAGCCGUUCGAAGACGCUGCAGCUGAUGACGGGGCUGCACGGCAGCGUCUAUUGGGCAGCUAAUCUCAUGUUCGACCUCAUUGCGUACAGCAUCACCGGCUUUCUUCUCAUCUCGCUCUACUUCUGGUACUACUACCUGGCUCCAGAGACGAAAUUGUACAUGCUGUUAACAGUCGUCGCCUUUGCGGGCGUGGCCAUUAAUCUCGGUUACCUGGUGACGUUUCUCGUCAAGAUUCCUACUAUGGCUUAUGCUAUCGUCGUCGUGUUCUUCUUCUUCGGAGGUAUGAUGACAAUCUUUCCUUAUCUGCUGUUCCUGCACGACUGGUUGCAAUCUGGGGAUCCCCCUCUGUGGGUGCGACUGCCUAUGGUGCUGUUGCCCUCUUUCUCCUUUCCCUGGGCCUUCAUUAAGCUCCUGCAGAUCGACAAAGAGAAUCAACACUGCGCCAAGUAUGCCCAGCUGAGGCAGCGGGAUGUCAUGUACCUCGAAGUCAUAUGCAGUGAUCCAUACAUGAAAUCGAGUACGUCCCUGGCACUGCGUCAUUGCUGCAAUGAGUUCUACCUGGCCAACAACGGCACCGACCUCACGCCCCUGGAUGCGUUCAAUUUUUCGGAAAGCGGCAUUGCUCUGGAAAUUUUGGCAAUGUUUCUGGAAGGCUUCGUUCUGUUUGCCGCUGUCUGCUGGAUGGACUUUGUGACGCCCUGGAAGUGUGUCCUGUCGACGAAACCACCUCAGGGUGACGCUGAAAUUGAAGUCAUGAAGGAAGGAGACGUCGUCAACGGUCUUUGCGAUCAAAUGAACUUCAAGGGUUACAACAUUGUCGUCCGUGACGUGCACAAGUCGUAUGGUCAAAUUCAGGCGCUAAGUCGCUUUACGUGCGCCAUCAAAACGAAUGAGAUCUUUGGCAUCCUCGGGAAAGAUGGCGCUGGCAAGACGACCACGUGUCAAAUCCUAACUGGCUGCGAGCAACCGAUGAAGGGAGAUGCUUACACGAACAACAUUACCCUCUGCCAUAAUCCGGGCCAGUGGCGACAACGUAUCGGGUACUGCAUGCAAGAAGGGGGUCUCUUGAAUCACCUCACGGGCUACGAGAACCUCACCCUCUUCGCUAGACUUCGAGGCAUCCCUGACGGUGCUGUACCCAGGGUGAUCAACUGCGUGCUCAGGCUCCUAGGGUUGCAGCCACUGGCUCAAGUGAAGUGUUUGAAUUUCAGUGAGGGAAACAAGCGGAAGUUGUCACUCGGUUGUGCCAUCAUUGGCAUGCCGGAGCUGCUGAUCCUGGACGACCCAUUCCUGGACAUAGAUCUGGCUGCCCGCAAAUCGAUUCGCUCUUGUCUGCACGUGCUGACUAAGUCACCUGGCGUCUCCAUCAUCGUCACAUCAGACAGCUUCAGCGACUGCAGCCUAAUCUGUGAUCGAAUGACUGUGCUAGUCGAAGGCGAAAUGAGAUGCUUGGGGACGCUGCAACAGCUGGAGAAGAAAUACGCGCAGGGUUAUUCUAUUAGCUUCGGGCUCGGUCUGGAGCAUCAUCGUAGCACCGUCGCGGACGCCAUCAUGAAAGCGUUUCCCGGCAUACGCUUCCUCGAGUUUUUCAAGGGCUUCCUCGAGUAUCGCCUAGAAGAGAAAAUGUUGCUGAGCGACAUCUUCCGCCGAAUCGACGAUCUUCGGAGUCGUUUUCACUUUGAAAAAGUGACCGUCUCUGAAAGCAUCUUGGAGCGUGUGUUCCAGCGACAAUCGAAGCGGAAACCUCCGGUGCGGACACGAGGUUUGAUGUCCCGAAGAGUCAGCCUGUUCCAGUCUAGCCUUGGUUCCAAUAGGAGCUCUACGUCAACAACACUUCCGAACAUCGCCCUUGACCCCGCCAAAAAUAAACCGCCAAUGAGCCCGUAAUAUAA